AUGGAGCGCACCUCCAAGCCUUCCGCAUCUGCGCUCGCUUCCAGAAGAGGCAGUGCUCCAUCGCUGAGCAGCAUCCACGUGGAGAAUAAGAGUCGCGCUGUGGACUUGUAUCCUCUGGCUCACGCGCCAAUCUCCCCUGCCCUCAAGAGCGCACUCUCCCAUUCGUACGCUCCGCCAGCAUCGCCGACCAUCUCCCGCAGUCCUUCGACCGUCGGAACCUCUCCAAAACGCCUGCAGUACGUUUGCCCGCCGACGCCGAUUCUGAGAGGCUACAACGCCUCAAAUUGGGGGCUCUUGGCUAUUGUCAAGGUCGACUUCAAUCUUACCGUUACGGUUCUCCACCACCGCUCGCAGACGCUCUUUGCUUGGCCUUUCAACCUCGACCCGGACGGGACAUCCGACUCGGGCAAAGUGUUCAUCACCCCUCGCUCUCCUGACGCAGCUGACGCGCCCCAGCCCCAUCUGAUCAGCGAAAGCCUCAAGCUUGUCGGCGUAGUCCUAGGCAAUUGGAUGCAGAAUCGAAGCCGAUUCGAUGUUCAGACCCGCAUCGCUUCCACUGCACCCGAAGGAUCCACCAGCCCAUCUAGGGACGAAGAUGGCGAAGUCGCUCGCAUACGUCGGGAUCUCGGCUUGAUUCGCCUAACUUGCGAGGAGCGCGCUGCCGCCUUGGCUCGCCAAGAGAUACCUUCCUCUGCUUGGCGUCGUCCAUCUUGCUGCUCUUGUGCCGAAGCUCCCGACUCUCCUCGCCGGGUUGCUUUUGAUGAGAGCCCCAGAAGUCGACCUCGGGAAUCAGCCUUGGGUCUACGAUUUGAUGACGAAGAACCAUUGGAGCUCGUCAAUUCAAGACGACACUCGAUCGAGCCUCACCGCUUGAGGAAGUCUGUCUCCUUUGACGAAAAACGCAACACCACUCUCACUUUUGAAACGCUACCGAUGGAUAAAGCGACGCCGCUGAUGAGGGUCAAGGACGCUCUGAGCUUCCCUUCCACGGCGCCAUUCUUCAAGAGAGACAUCUCGGACCUCGGCGAAACCUCGACGGACGACUCGCGCCGCUCUGUUCCUGCCUCGCCUGCCAGCCCGUCGUCCGUUUCGCCUUCCCUCUCGGAGUUUUCUUGGUCGCCAAAGCACAGCAGAUCCAGCCUUGCUAGCCCAAUCAGCAGCAUUGGAUCUUGCUCGGAGCAGUCGUCAAGCUCUGGGAACUUUGCAGUAUCUUCAAUGUCGCCCUUGGCACGCCCGCAGUCGCCGACUCAUAUCGAUGAUGGUCACGACCUCCUCACCUUUUCAAGAGCAUCUCGUCGACUGCCGACCGAGGAUGUCGAUCUCUGCCUCGUUGCGACACUGCCUUACAAAGCAUCCAGCACCAAGUGCGUUCACGCUAAAGCGCUCCUGCGUGAGGAACAGCACAUCACGCGCGCACUGCGACAUUCGCUCACUCUCUCGAAGAUGGCAUCUGACAGUAGAGUCGAGAACGCUUCGACUGCAGUCCUGUCUCCCGCGCUGCUGCAUUCUGCAGAGCUUGCUAGGUGCAAGGAAAUCAGCACCUCACUGGCUGCCUCUCCGAUGCCCAUCAGUCCCACCCGAGGCAGAACUCUGCAAGCUCGAGCAUCGAGCAUCGAGCGUAUCUCUGCGACCGAGUCCCAUCACCAGCCGUGCCUGACAUGCGUCAUUGCACCCUUUACUACAAGCGCAUUCGUGAUCCUCUUUCUCCUUGUUCUCCGUCAUCAGAAGCAUCCCACUCGUCACGCCUAA